AUGGCGAAUGACGAUGAAAAGGUUGAAGCCGUCGCCUUGGAGCACCAAAGCUUCGAUGCCGCCAAAGACACGGAGCUGGCAAGGCAAGCAGCCGAAGCCGAUCACAGUCUUGGCUUCCUGCAAGCCGUUCGCAAGUAUCCCAAAGCUGUCAUGUGGUCGGUUCUGCUAUCAACCUCCAUCAUCAUGGAAGGCUACGAUAUCGUCCUCAUCAACUCCUUCUUUGCACAGCCGUCCUUCCGACAACGAUACGGCGAGUUCGACUCCGGGUCUGACGCCUACCAGAUCUCGGCAUCGUGGCAGAACGGCUUGAGUAACGCGGUUAGCAUUGGCACAAUCAUUGGAGCCUUUGCAAACGGAUACUUUACGCACAAGUUUGGCUAUCGAAAGGUGCUCUUGGCGUCGCUACUUCUCGUUGUCGGCUUUGUGUUUAUCCCCUUCUUCGCUCCCAACCUUGGCGUUUUGUUGGCUGGAGAGCUGCUCUGCGGCAUCCCUUGGGGGGUUUUUGCAUCCAUGGCCCCUGCGUAUGCCUCAGAAAUCUGCCCAAUGGCUCUUCGUGGUUAUUUAGCUGUUUAUGUCAACCUCUGCUGGGCUUUCGGUCAGCUAAUCUCGGCUGGUGUCCAAUCUGGAUUCGAGAACAAUACUACAGAAUGGUCUUACAGAAUCCCCUUUGCCAUUCAAUGGGCCUGGCCUAUCCCUCUAUUCUUUAUUCUCUGGUUUGCCCCAGAAUCGCCAUGGUUCUAUGUCCGCCAAGACCUUUUAAGCGAUGCAGAAAAGACCAUUAUUCGGCUUGGUGCAGAUAGGGAUACGGCCAAGCAGACUUUGGCCAUGAUGGUCCACACGAACGAGCUGGAAGAGUCCAUCGAUAAGGGAACUUCAUAUUGGGAUUGCUUUCGCGGCAUUGAUCGCUAUCCUAUGGGAGGAACACCUACUUACUUCUUUGUGCAAGCUGGAUUGCCUACUUCAAUCUCAUUCCAGAUGUCAGUCGGCGGACUGGGACUUGCAUCUGUGGGAACAAUCAUCUCCUGGUUUCUGAUGCACCGCCUCGGAAGGCGUACCAUGUAUCUUUGGGGCUUGGGCAUCCUGACUACGAUACUGCUCGUCGUCGGCUUCAUCAGUGUUGGAGCUGCAAACUCGGCCGGUGGCAACUAUGCUCAGGCGAGUAUGGUCUUGCUUUGGCAGUUUGUUUAUUAUGUGACUGUCGGCCCCAUAUGUUACGCCAUUAUCAGCGAAGUAUCUUCGACUCGUCUGCGAAAUAAAAGCGUCUGUCUUAGCCGGAUCGUUUAUUACAUCGCCCAGAUCAUAUGCAAUGUUGUUAACCCUUAUAUGCUGAACCCCACGGCGGGCAACUGGCGCGGAAAGACUGGCUUUUUCUGGGGUUUCUGGGCCUUUGUCUUUUUCGUUUGGACCUGGUUCAGACUGCCUGAGACCAAAGACAAGACUUUUGAAGAAUUGGAUAUUCUUUUUGCGUCUGGGGUGAAAGCUAGGGAGUUUGCGAGUUACAAAGUGGAUGCUUAUGUGGACAGGGGCAAGAACUUGACUAAAGAUAUCUGA